AUGAUUUCACUUUUCUCUCUGCUAGCUUUUUCAUUGCCUGCAAUAGCUGCCUUUGUUCACCCAGGUGCGCUGCAUACCACUAAAGAUCUCGUGCGCAUCAAAAGCCACGUUGUCAACGAGGAUGAGCCGUGGAGUACCACUUGGACCCUCCUAACCUCCAGUUCCUUUGCGCGGGCAGCCUAUGUACCUACUCCGCAGAAGACAGUCUACCGUGGAUACAAUGGAGUAAAUGCAGAGAAUUAUCAAUAUCUUUACAGGGAUGCCGCAGCUGCGUAUCAGCUCGCCUUACGCUGGUUGAUCUCCGGUGAUACAAGCUACGCAGAUGCUGCCGUCAAUAUUCUCAGUUCAUGGGCAGUAACCUUGACGGCUAUCAGCGGUACUAGCGACAGGUACCUAGCAUCUGGGCUAUAUGGAUACCAAAUGGCCAAUGCGGCGGAACUGAUGCGAAGCUAUUCUGGCUGGGCCAGUAGCAAUAAGACUGCAACGACGAAGAUGUUGACUAACAUCUUUGCACCAAUGAACACUGUUUUUCUGGAAGACCAUGACGGGAAGGGUGACUACAUCUUCUACGCCAAUUGGGACCAGUGCAAUAUAGCGUCCCUCCUCGCCAUUGGGAUUUUUACCGACAACCAAACCAUGUUCGAUUACGCUAUCGAUUACGCGCGAUCAGGGCCCGCUAACGGAGCUUUGCCUGUGUUUGAUAUUGCCAACUACGCAGAGGCUGGCUCCGGGAAGACCUUGACACAGGGUCAGGAGGCUGGUCGGGAUCAAGGCCAUGCUACCUUAGACAUAAUGCUAUUAGGAGUGAUUGCUCAGCAGGCAUACAACCAGGGCAUCGACCUAUUCGCGACAUAUAAAAACGAAAUCUUAAAUGCGGCGGAGUAUGUAGGAAAGUACAAUGUCGGCUACAGUGUUCCCUACACUCCAUACGAAAGCUACGAAGGAGACCAGACUGUUAUUUCCGCUACCUCCCGGGGAAAUAUACGCCCAGGAUUUGAACUUAUCUCAGCUCACUACGGUCAGCUGAAAAGACUCAACUCCUCGUGGUCUGACGCUUAUCGUGAUAUGGUGAACGCCAACUCCACCAGUGGCGUGGAAGGUGGUGGGGGCAACUAUGCCACUACCUCGGGAGGGUUUGAUAGCCUUGGCUUUGGCACCCUCGUGUAUCGCCUUUCUUAA